AUGGCGACUCCUCAACCCGACACACGCGCAGCGCAGCCAGUGCAGCCUGCAGAGCCUGUCCUGACGUCGAAAUGGAGACGCGUCGAAGCCAUGCCGGCGCGCGAGAUGCUCGUCAAGCUCGAGACGGAUGAGGGAGAGGGCCCGGACGACUGGGAGGAGGAUGAGGUCGAGUACGUCACCCUCGAGUCUGGGAACCACCUUCCCGCCGACCUCCUCGCGGAACACAACGAGGCCAGCGUUUGGCUGCCAGCUGCUCGUGCUUUCUCGCUUCCUUCUGCUCCAUGA